GGCUGGUGCGGGGCGGGCGGGCCCCGGAAUUGUCAUUUCUUUGUUUCCGAAGGCGGAGGAGGCUCGGCGCCCCCCUCCCGGCCCCCCUCCCCCCCCCCGGUGCUGGCUCCAUGUCUGCGUGACCGGCCGCAGGGGUAGAAUUCAGGCCCGACGCGGGGCGGGCGACGGCGGCGGCUGAGGUGAGAGGAGGAGGAGGCGGCGGCGGCGGCGCGGCUCGGGCACCGGCCCCCCAGCGGGAGGAUGAAGCGGCGGAACGCCGACUGCAGUAAGCUCCGCCGCCCCCUGAAGCGGAACCGGAUCACCGAGGGCAUCUACGGCAGUACAUUUUUGUACCUGAAAUUCCUGGUAGUGUGGGCACUUGUCCUCCUGGCCGACUUUGUCCUGGAGUUCCGAUUUGAAUACCUGUGGCCGUUCUGGCUUUUCAUCAGAAGCGUCUAUGAUUCCUUCAGAUACCAGGGACUGCUACACCUUACAACUAACUCUCCAGUCCAGGCCUGGCGCUUUGGUCAGAGCAAAUCCAUGCUUCCAAAAGAUGGCUUCAAGCUUAUGUCUUAUUGGUAAUGAAUAGUGGUGUCCAGAGGAAGGCAGCAUUAUUAAUAUUACCACCAGCAUAUUUCUUGCCAAUAUUUUGGUUCAUCUGCAUUCCAGCAAGCUUUAAGAAUGAAGCUCUUUAGGAGUGGUUUAUGAGGAAACAGGAAGCUUUUCAGUGUUAAAGUUCUUGUUCAUUCAGGCCUUCUCAGUAUUUUUUGUUUGUGUAGCAUUCACCUCAAAUAUCAUAUGUCUCCUCUUCAUUCCCAUACAAUGGCUUUUUUUCGCUGCUAGCACAUAUGUAUGGGUCCAGUACGUAUGGCACACAGAAAGGGGAGUGUGUCUGCCUACAGUGUCCCUCUGGGUACUCUUUGUUUAUAUUGAAGCAGCAAUUAGAUUUAAAGAUCUGAAAAACUUUCAUGUAGACCUUUGCCGACCGUUUGCUGCUCACUGUAUUGGGUACCCUGUGGUGACUUUGGGCUUUGGCUUCAAAAGUUAUGUGAGCUACAAAAUGCGGUUAAGGAAGCAGAAGGAGGUUCAGAAGGAGAACGAGUUUUACAUGCAGCUUCUUCAGCAGGCCCUCCCUCCAGAGCAGCAAAUGUUGCAGAAGCAGGAGAAGGAGGCCGAGGAAGCAGCCAAAGGAUUGCCGGACAUGGAUUCCUCGAUCCUUAUACACCACAAUGGAGGCAUCCCAGCCAACAAAAAACUUUCCACAACGUUACCAGAGAUAGAAUAUCGAGAAAAAGGGAAAGAAAAGGACAAGGAUGCCAAGAAACACAAUCUUGGAAUAAAUAACAACAACAUCCUACAACCUGUAGACUCUAAGAUACAAGAGAUUGAGUAUAUGGAAAACCAUAUCAAUAGUAAAAGAUUAAACAAUGAUCUUGUGGGAAGUACAGAAAAUCUCUUAAAAGAGGACUCAUGCACUGCUUCCUCAAAAAAUUACAAAAAUGCCAGUGGAGUUGUGAACUCCUCGCCUCGAAGUCACAGCGCUACAAAUGGGAGCAUCCCUUCCUCGUCCAGUAAGAACGAGAAGAAGCAGAAGUGCGCCAGCAAGGGCCCGAAUGCACACAAGGACUUAAUGGAGAACUGUAUUCCUAACAACCAGCUGAGCAAGCCAGACGCACUGGUAAGGCUGGAACAAGACAUUAAAAAGCUAAAGGCUGACCUGCAAGCCAGCCGGCAAGUGGAGCAAGAGCUGCGCAGUCAGAUCAGCUCCCUUUCAAGCACAGAACGAGGCAUCCGCUCAGAAAUGGGCCAGCUCCGGCAGGAGAACGAGCUGCUACAGAACAAGUUACACAAUGCUGUGCAAAUGAAGCAAAAAGACAAGCAGAAUAUCAGCCAGCUGGAGAAGAAGCUAAAAGCUGAGCAGGAAGCCCGAAGCUUUGUAGAAAAGCAGCUAAUGGAGGAGAAAAAAAGGAAGAAGUUAGAAGAAGCCACAGCUGCACGGGCUGUAGCCUUUGCCGCUGCCUCUAGGGGAGAGUGCACCGAAACCUUACGGAGUCGGAUCAGAGAGCUAGAAGCUGAGGGCAAGAAGCUCACAAUGGACAUGAAGGUGAAGGAGGAGCAGAUCAGGGAACUGGAACUGAAGGUUCAGGAGCUUCGGAAGUACAAAGAAAACGAAAAGGACACUGAGGUGUUGAUGUCAGCCCUCUCCGCCAUGCAAGACAAAACGCAACACCUAGAGAACAGCCUCAGCGCGGAGACGAGGGUCAAGCUGGACCUGUUCUCUGCACUCGGUGAUGCAAAGCGGCAGCUCGAGAUUGCCCAGGGGCAAAUCCUUCAGAAAGACCAGGAAAUCAAGGACCUAAAACAGAAGAUAGCCGAAGUCAUGGCCGUCAUGCCCAGUAUAACAUACAAUGCCGCCACCAGUCCCCUGAGCCCCGUGUCCCCCCACUAUUCUUCCAAGUUUGUGGAGACCAGCCCCUCUGGACUUGACCCUAAUGCCUCUGUCUACCAGCCCCUGAAGAAAUGAAGGCACUGUGUGUUUGCCCAGCAUUUGGAACACAAGGCUUCGAAAAGCAGCGUCUCUGGCAGUCAAGAUAAAAAAGUUGAUAUUGUGUUUUUGUGGAACUGUAUAUGUUGUCAUUUUUACAGGGGGGAAAUAACAUCCAAGUCUGAUUAGAACCGCCCAUCAGUUGUUCUUGGAAGUUUUUAGAAGACCUCACAGGACUUUGCAGUUUAUUUUUCUUGGCCAACACAUUAAAACCAUUCUUGGAUUUCAAGUAGCCAAUUUUGCCUUUUUAUGUAUUUUUACAUAGUUUCCUCUUGAAGAAAAAAAAAGCAGAGUUUUUUGCUUUUCAACUCUAUUUUGUUCUUAAAUAAGGAAGAAAAUUGCACAUUGUAUUCACGGAUGACAACAAAAGCUUGGUUUCUAUCGUGAGAGGCUAAGACAGCCCGACACAGCUCUGAUUCCAUAGCUGCGUUAAAGAUGAUUCUCUGCAUUCCAGAGAAAAGAGCAAUUGCCCCUCCAAGGACCAGACAGAUUGAGAGAAUGCCACUUAAGCUGAGAGAGACUUAAGGGUGAGGCUGGCUUGCAAGUGUGUGACUGUGUGUUUGGAGUAUUGACGAUCGCUGUUAGCUCUAGAGCACAUCCAGAGCAGUCAUUGCAUGACCGAGAGAAAAGACCUUUCAAGAGGAAACUUGAUCAUUUUCAACCAUAUUACCCCCUACCCCCACCCCCGUCAUUUGUCUUCUAUUUGUCCAGUUCACUGCUGAUCCUGUUGUACGGUUGGUAGGUGGUUGGGCUGCUGGUCACCACACCACCACUUGGGUUUUUUUUCCAUGGGAAGCACCUUAGGGAGGCAGCCUGCUGGGUAUGGGAGAGGCCGAGUGGUGGCUGAUCAGAUUGAACGAAGCCGUGGUCUAGGAGCUGUUCCACAUACCGGUUGCUGCUUUCUUCCUCCUCCUCGUCUUGUGUUUGAUGGUUUACAGAUGUCUGACAGUUCCUCAGCUCUUGUGCCAAGGAGGGGAGGUUGUGGGGUUUUGUUUUGAAGACUUAAACUCUGCACAAAGAUACUGGUUCAACUGUGUAUUUUAGACGUUGGUAGAAAGUGUCUGCGCAGACCUUGGAAAGUGAGUUAAGCAUCAGGGCGGGAGGGCAGGGGAGAGGAGGGGCAAAGCAGAGUUGUGUUUUGAAAGCUGGGGAAAUUAAGAAACCAAAUCGAUUGGCUUUGCUUCCAUGCUGUGUGUUCUAGAAGGACAUGGCUCUAAAAUUUCCUGUUGAUUGGCAUGUAUAUCUCAUUUAAAGCAAAAUUAGGUAGGACAAACCAGUCAGUAAAAUUAGGAGUAUUACAGAGAAUCAUCCCUUUUAAUCACAGAUCUUAUUUUGGAGUAAAACAAACUUCUAGCUUUAGCCAGGUGUGCAUGUUGCUGCCAUUUGCAUUUUUGAGUCAUCUUGUGUAAAUGUCACCAUGAAAGUGUUACUCGGAAUUGUCAUAGUUUUUUUUUCCCAUCUUUGUGCUAAAACAUGGAAAAUUGUCACUAUGUUGAUGAGGUUUCCCCCAUUCUGCUGCCUUUGGGACACUGUUUUCGUUAAACUUGGUCUUGGCUGCAUUCUUUUUUUUCCCCUGUGGGGUUCAAAAGAAUAAACAUUUUCUUACUGAU